UCGAUAACUCUUUAAAUAUUAAUCGAAAAAUAUCGACAUUGUAAAAAAUGUGCCUUACUGCAGUACCUUAGAGAAGUGAAGAAAAAAAUUAAUUAUUGUUAUAAAUUAAUAAAAAUGUGGAAUUACGUGUGAUUCAUCGUCGAACAACAGUUGCAACGAAAAUUUAAUGAAAAAAAAAUUGUUAGUAUUAUGCCACAUCACAACACAAUUUCAUCGGAAGACUACUUCAUCGACAACAACCAACGAAAAAUUCACAUAUUUCUAACUUGCACGUUCGAUUAGCUGCUAUUUAAAGAUGUCAAUGGCGAAAAAUGACGUUCUCACGGAAAUCCCGAUGCAGACUUUCUCCUCAGAGACGAAUUCAAGGACGACGACAGAAGCUUUGCAAGUUCCUGGCAGUGCGGAUAAAACGCAUCAACGUUCUGUUUCGCAUGGCGAUGCACCGUUUGCGAAAAAUACGCGACCUUUGAAGACGGCGCUCAAGAAGGAACACAAAAGGGCUUUUUCGAUACCUGUUGGAAUUCAACCAAAUACGAAUUUGAUGUUAAACAAUGGAAAUAACGCGCGAUCCCACAAUCGAAGUGCAUCGAAAACGGACUUUCAGUUGCCAAUUCGUGAAGAGAGACCCGUACAUCGAGGCUCGUUGCUGACAGUUUUCACGCAUCGCCGCGAAAAAUCUCGCACGGAGAGCGUUUACACGAUUCGUCGCUUCAAAUUGCCAUUUUGGAAGAGAUUUUGGUUCUUUCAACGCAUUUACUCGUCGGAUCAACAAGUUUACAGGACAAUCACGCCGAAUCAUCUUGCCACAAACUCUGCCGAUGGUAUCCCGCCAACGACGAAAAAUCACCCGAACAAAAUGUACAAAGGCAACGAAAUUAGCACCCGAAAGUACACAAUUCUAAAUUUCGUCCCGAAGAAUCUUUUUGAGCAGCUACAUCGAAUCGCGAACUUGUACUUUAUUUUUAUCGUCUUUUUGAAUUGGUUUCCCGCAAUCAACGCGUUUGGAAAGGAGAUUUCUAUGCUCCCCGUGAUAUUUGUGCUUGCUGUCACAGGACUCAAGGAUAUUUUUGAGGAUAUUCGACGAUAUAAUUCGGAUAAGAGGAUCAACAAUUCGUAUUGUCGUGUCUUUGAUGGCGUUCGCUAUCAACGCGUGCAAUGGAAAGACGUCAAAGUCGGAGAUUUAAUUCAUUUAUCGAACAACGAAGUCGUUCCAGCUGAUAUGCUCGUCAUGAAUUCAAGUGACAAAAACGGCGUUUGUUACAUCGAAACAUGCGACUUGGAUGGAGAAUCAAGUCUCAAACGACGUCAAGUAGCAUCCGGAUUCGAAGAUACAAAAGCAGAUUUCAAAUUAGAAGUUGAGCCGCCGACAACACAGAUUUAUCGCUUCAAUGGAUCCGUCAUUCAUGCGAAUGGAAAACGAGUUCCUCUUACUCCUGAAAAUAUUUUGUUGCGAGAAAGUCGAAUACGGAACACGGAUUUCGUUGAAGGAAUUGUCGUUUAUGCAGGCCCCGAUACAAAAGCGUUCCUUAACAAUGGAGGACCUCGUUAUAAACGUUCAAAUGUUGAAAUUCAGAUGAAUGUCGACGUUAUUUGGUGCGUCGCGAUACUUUUCAUCCUUUGUCUCGUUGGAGCUAUUGGAGCAAAUCGUUGGUUGAGUCGAUUUCAGGAUAAAAAUGUGUCGUUUAUCUUCUUUGAUAUUGAUUUGACUUACGAAACGGUUAUUACGUUCUUUAUUUUCAUCAUUAUUUUACAAGUUCUUAUUCCGAUCUCUUUGUACGUGACAAUCGAAGUUUGUCGAAUGUUUAACGUCAAACAAAUCCACAACUGCCCUCAGCUAUUCGACGCCAAGACAAACACAAGAGCGGAAUGUCGUGCCAUGAAUUUAAUCGAAGAACUCGGGCAAGUCGAGUACGUUUUCACAGACAAAACGGGCACUUUAACGGAAAACAAGAUGAUUUUCCGAAGUUGUUCCAUCAAUGGUCUCAUGUACGAACACGAUUUGCUCGAAGAUCCAAAUGGCGUCGAAGAAAUCGUUCCGAAUAGCAACUUGACACGAAUGAUCAACAGUGUGCCGCUUCAAAGAUCCAACAAUGACUACAUUCGCUUGUACGAAUUCUUCAUGGGACUCGUUUUGUGCAAUACUGUCGUUUUGGCAACAGCUCACGUCGACACGAUGAACGAAAAUGGCGUGAUAAUUCCCGAACGAGCACCCCCGAAGAACAAAUCGCUCACAGAUUUGUCGAAUUUACGCAAGAGAUUCAUGAAACAGCAAUCCUCGAACUCCAUCACUUCCGUCAAAAGUGUUCCAAGUCGCGGGCAAAGUCAAAUUUACGAAGCUGAGUCGCCCGACGAGAUCGCUUUAGUGCAAGCUGCUUCCUGUUACAGCUUCAAACUGUUGAGUCGUGCCCCCAAUGAGAUCGUUAUCAAAACCCCCAACGAUCAAGUGAUCGAAUUCAACAUUUUGAAGCUACUUCCUUUUGAUUCCAUCCGUAAAUGCAUGUCAAUUGUCGUUCAAAACCGCGCUACGGGCAAGAUAACACUUUAUGCGAAAGGAGCUGACAGCGCGAUUCUUCCGCGUCUCACAAAAAUCGACGCAAACACCGACGAACAGCUUCAACGAGACACAAUCAACGAUCACAUCACGAAAUAUGCGACUUCUGGCUUGCGUGUAUUGCUCGUUGCCAAACGUGAAUUGACUGAAAAUGAAUUUCUUGAAUGGCAACAAAAACAUACAGAAUUAGAAUUAGCCACGAGUAAUAAAGAAAACAAACUUUUGAGCUCUUACGAGAUGUUGGAGCAUUCUUUUUCGCUUCUCGGCGCUACAGGAGUCGAAGAUCGUUUGCAAGAAGAAGUUCCCGAGACAAUCGCAGCUCUUCAAACGGCAGGAAUUAACGUUUGGGUCCUAACAGGCGACAAAUUAGAAACUGCUGUGAACGUUUGUUACUCCGCAAAAGUCUUUACAGCGGCAACGAAGAUCCUCAAACUCACGGAAACAUCGCGUCAGAGCACAGAAACGACUUUGGACUUUUACAUCAACAAAUUGGAAGACGAAAAUCCGUCAAAUGUCAAAUACAGCUUAGUUACCGACGGCAAAACAUUGACUUUUAUCCUUGACGAGAAGACAAAUCUCACACACAAAUUUGUGCAGCUCAUUCAGCAUUGUCGCACGGUGCUCUGUUGUCGAUCGACGCCCUUGCAAAAAGCAUUUCUAGUCAAAAUGGUGCAAAAUUACUUGAAUGUCGUCACGUUGGCGAUCGGCGAUGGCAAUAAUGACGUUUCGAUGAUACAACUUGCGAAUGUAGGAAUUGGAAUUAGCGGGCAGGAAGGCAUGCAAUCCGUGAUGGCGUCGGAUUUUAGUAUUCCGCGUUUUAGAUUCCUCAAAUAUUUGUUACUUGUUGUUGGAUUUUGGUCACGAGAUCGAUUGACGCGAAUGAUUUUGUACUUUUUCUACAAAAAUGCAGCUUUUGUGCUCGUGCUCUUUUGGUUUCAAAUUCAUGCGGGGUUUUCGGGCUCUGUGAUGAUCGACGGGAUUUACUUGAUGGUUUAUAAUUUGCUUUUUACGUCGUUGCCUCCGAUUUGUAUUGGGAUUUAUGAUCGAAUUGUGGAAGAGGAAACUUUGCUACAGAAGCCUGAAUUGUACAAACAGGCACGCGAACGCAAAACUUUCAAAAAUUGGAAUUUCUGGAUCGUGAUCGUGGAUUCGUUUUAUCAAAGUCUCGUCAUUUACUAUCUUGCCCAUUUCACGUUCCUCCAUUCGACAAUUGGACUUUGGAAAUUUGGGACAAUCAUUUUGUCAAAUUGCCUCGUAACGAUGCUCUUACAUUGUGCCAUAGAAGUUAAAACUUGGACAUUUAAGCAUGUCGCGUCAUUCGUCAUUAGCAUUGUUACUUUUAUAUUAUUUGCCAUUAUUUUUAAUUCAGCAUGCGUUAGUUGCUUUGGAACAUCUGCCAAUUAUUGGAUAAUUCAAGAAUGUUUUAGUUCUAUUGAAUAUUAUCUACUUUUGAUAUUGACGCCAAUUUUAGCGUUAUUGCCGAGACUCACGUUUGUCGUCCUUACAAUGCAAUCACAACGAAAAAUGGAGCAACAUUUGGAUUAAUUUUAUAAAAAAAAAGUUUAAAACUUCUUCGUGUUGUGUGCUCUCUAUUUAAUUUUGUUUCUUAUUUUUUCAUUAGAUUUCAUUAGAGAGUAAAUGUCGUAAAAAAAGACUUUAAAACACUUAAAAAUGUACUUACUAAAAAAAAUGGACCAAUUUUA